UUGCAGAAAACUGUUACUUUAGAUAUAGUCCAAUUUUUGGAGAAUUUCCUUCUUUUUACCUGGCAACACUGUGAGAUGUCAAUUGCCAGUGUAAACUUUCAUUCAAAUCAAUUGUAUGAAUUUCGUGUUUUCAAUUUUUAAAAUUAUAAAAAAAAUGUAUCGUGAUAACAUAAAAUAGUGUAUAUUGCUCUAAUUAUUGCAGUUCAAGUUAUAAAAUUUAUGUUUUAUUCGUUUUUGUGAACACUACAUUCAACUUUCUCACAUUAAUAAAUGGUUACCAAAUUACAAGGUGGUUGGCCGACUUAUAUUAGGCGACCUUCGCAGUAUAUUAUGUAGUGAAUUGGCGGCACAAAUUGGUCUUCAGUAGACCCCGUCAGAAGAGAACGUUUAUUUAAUUUUGUCCACGAUUUACAUUCGAUUACCUAACCUAUCAGUUGACAUCGCUUCUAUUUAAAGAAUCAUCAUAAUGGAUUUACAAGGAGAUCUUGUCCAGACGAUUGCCAAUGUAUCAAGCACAUUGAUUAUCCUUCUAUGCUCCUUUAUUAAGGUGCCACAGAUUAUGUACAUUAGAGAGAAAAAAUCAGCCGAAGGCAUAUACUUGCAGGCCAUGCUGAUGGAAGUCACAGGUUUUACCAUAGUAACCCUCUACAACUACACAAAUCAGUAUGGUCUGAUCACAUACCUGGAGUAUCCCAUAAUUCUUCUGCAAGUCUAUGUUUUGUUUUACUACGUGCUGAAGUACAAGAGGCUGAUCCAGCUGCCUGUGGUACCGAUUGCUACACUCCUAUACUUCGGUACGGUGGGUGCGUUGAUGGUGGGGUUACUCCCGAAGAGUAUACUAUCUUAUCUUGUGCCAUUCUGUACCCCGCUGAGCGGUUUCGCCAAAGUGACAUAUAUCUAUGGUAUUAUCAAAGCGGCAAAUGCUGAUGCUGUCUCAUUGACGACAUGGAUAAUAUCUAUAUCCACAAAUUUUGCCCGUAUCUUCACCGUGUACCUAGACUCGGCAGACAUCAAACUUAUGGCAAAUUUCACAAUAUCUACAUUGCUCAGCUCAGGGGUACUACUAACUGCAUUGUACUAUCAACGCCAGUCAGCGGCUCGUCAGCACAGGAGGAAGUCUGGCGUCAGGAGGCGCAGUCAUUAUGAUUAGACGGUAUUCAGUUACUCGACUAUUAAUAUAAUUUAUUCUCGUCUAUAAUAAGGCAUGAAAUUCCAUUUUAGUAAUUGACUAGUCAAAAUUAUAUGAAUAUGUAUUCAGCAAUCUUGUGUGUUUGAAACCCAUAUGUAGAAGAUGUAAAGAGGCAUUAUGUAGAAAGUUAUUUUUAUUAAAGUGUCAAUUUAAUUGCAUUUAGCAAAUUAAUAAGUAAAUAAUAUUAUCACCAAAGAAAAAUAUUAAAUUAUAACUUAAAGUUUUACCUCGUGCUAAUUAUAGAGGUUUAAAAAAAAAGUAGUAGUAAAAUAAAAACAGUGAAAAAACUAUGUCAACUAUUACUGUUAUUAGUAAUAACUACAAUUUAUGGAAACAGUUAAUAUUAAAUUAAUUUAUUGUACAAUAUUUGUGAUGUUUUAGAUUUGUUAAUUUACGGAAUCCUGUUUGUCUCGCUACAGAUAGUUCGUUACAAAUAAGGAACGUAUUGAGGCUCAGUCAUAAAAGUAUUGAUGAAAUAAAAAAAAAUGUAUAAGUUUUUUUUUUUUUUUUUUUUUAUACGAAUAUUAAUAAUAAUCAAUAGUAAUUAAUUUAUUAUACAAUUUUAGUAGGGGGUUUUAAUUUGCAACUUUAUGAUAUCAAUAGCGGUAUAGACAGGGAAGGAAUCUAUUAAAGAUUAGGCAUUUAAGAAAAAAAAAAAAAAUGAAAAUACUAAAUGAAAUGAAAUCCUAUAAUUUUAACUAUUUAUUUGUCAUUUUUUUAUUAAUAGUACAAUUUAUUAUUGCUUAUUAGUGAUGUUUUAGUUUUUAUGAAACAUUGUGGCCAUUUUUGUCAUAGUUAUUUAUUUAUUUAACUCUUUAUUGCAUUAUAAACAAAAAUAUAUAAUAUCAAGUGAAAUACAGUCACAUAAAUAUAGAUUCAAAUAUACACAUAAAGGUACAAAAGGCGAUCUUAUCGCUAGGGCAAUCUCUUACAGACAACCUUUGGUUAAAGAGAACAGAUAGAAGUGGAUAGAUGGCGUAAGAGUGAAUUAAUAAUGUUUCGUGCAUAAAAUAAACAAACCUGUAAUGCACAUAAAUAUCAAAUACAUAUUUUAUUCACACAAUUUAUUAAACUACAAAAUACAUAAACAUACACAUCUAAAUACAUACAUAGCACACACAAGGCAAUAUGACAAAUGUAGUCAAAAAAUUACAUAGGAAUGAAAAAGAAUAACUACAGUGAAAGAAAAGUGAUUUGACUUGUCUUUUAAACGAAGCCAAGGACUGAGCACUCCGUAUAGACGGCGGCAGCGAGUUUCAUAGGCGCACUGCCUGAACGGAAAAGGAUUUGGUAUAGUACACGGAGGUAUGUGCAGGGGUUUUUAAGCGGAGACUAUUUGAGGUACGCGAAACGUGACUCUGCACUUCACCGAGAAAUAUAAAUCGCUCUUUGAGAUAGUAAGGUGUAAGAGGAUUGAAUAGAAUGGAAUAAAGAAGAGAUAGUAUAUGCCAAUCACGGCGUCUACGUACUGGGAGCCACUUAAGCUGAGUGCGAAAAUUAGAGAUGGGGUCGUAUUUACGAAGUCCAAAUAUAUAUCUAUUACACAGGUUUUGGAGACGCUCAAGUUUGUUUAGUUGGUAUUCGGUGAGAUCAAUGUAGCAGGUAUCAGCAUAGUCAAGGACAGAAAGGACAAGGGAGUGAGCAAGCGCAAUUUUAGUGGCCAUAGUUAAAAAGUUACGUAACCUACUGAGUGAGCCCACAAUCGCAAAGACCUACUAAUCUCUAUUAUUUGAGUGCCAAGGUAUAUUCCGAGAUCCCUUACAAAGUCUUUAUACUCCACAGAUAUCCCAUCGAACAUUAUAUGAGGUAGAUUUUCCCAGCAAAUUCUCGAAAUAUAGUUCGGGCUCCCGAUAAUAAUAGUCUGCAUUUUAUUAGGGUUUACAGUUAAUCCAAAAGAUUUACACCAGCUCGAUAUGUGUGCUAGAUCUGUGUUUAUUAUACAUAUCGCAGAGUGUAAGUCUUGUAAUGGAGCGUGUGAGUAAAUUUGAAGAUCAUCUGCAUGAAGAUGGUAGGAAAAGCGAAGUUGAAUAGUAAUGCUGUUAAUAAAUAACGACAAAAGUAAUGGAGAUAAGACGUCACCCUGAGGUACACCAACUAGCGUGUGACGCCAUGAUGAAAAGCUAUCCUUAGUACGAAUGCAUUGCUGCCGCUUAUACAGGUAACUUUGAAACCACUCGGUUAUGGCUGGAGAAGUCAGGAAGUUUAAAGUGCACAGUCACAAUCCUGACCAUUUCCGAAGCAGGGUCAUCACCCCCACGCUCCUGAACCCCAUGGAACAGCAAGAUUUUGCGUCGACUACGCAUUUCAAGUUGAUCCAUUUGGCGUUGCAAAUAACCGAAAGGCGGUGAAGUCUACCGCCAAUGAGGAGAUUGUGGCUGGUGUUGUACUUAUCUUUUGGAGAUCCUCUUGGAAUCUUACCAUCUUUGCGUUAAGAAGCUUCAUCAUUGUUUUCAUUGAUUGUUGUAGUGCGUCCAUUAUGAGAUUAUAGGAGUGAAAGAAAGGAAAAAAUAUCACUGCAGGUAGAUAUUAGCUAGACUAUUAAUAUACACAUAAAUAUACAACCACUUAUACAAUAUAUAUAAUUUAAAAUUAUAUUUAUAUUUGGAGACAAAUUUUAGCUUUUACUUCUUACACAUCCACCCGCCUAUCUAUCUAGUUAGUUUGCUAUAAAGAGGUAAGUACACUUCUUUAUACCAUAUAACUGCGAUGUGAUAGACACAGUUUAUUGAAGUUGUAUAUAUAUAUAUAUAUAUAUAUAAAAGAAGUUUUAUAUAUAUAUAUAACUUCUAUUAUUAUUAUUAUAUAACAUAUAUAUAUAUAUAAUGAAAAACAUACAGACAGACAAAAUUUCUAAAUAAAUAUUAUUUUGGCAUUUAUUGAUCUUAUGAAUUUUUCUUUAAUAUCUCCCAUUUACAAGUAACAUUUAAUUUCAAUUUUAUUAUAUUUUAUUAUGUAUCUAUGCAUGUGUAAGAUGAAGUCAAGCCAGUUGGUCCAUCGUGAGGAUCUUACUUAUAUAGAGAACCAGUCCUCCUUUCAAACACUACCUUUACCAGAGAAAGACUUUGUACAAAAGUCGAUUGCUUAGAUACCUCUGUCCCAUUCGUGUUUCAACCGUUAAGCAGUUGUGUUUGCAUGGCUGAGUUUCGGUUUGAAGGGUGGGAUAUGGCAGUGAAUUUACAGGGCACAGAAGAAUAACACCUGAGUCCUCAGGAAUGGCAACGCAUGGGAGGUAUCAUGGGCGAAACAGUAUACUCUGUUGUGUUCAUGGUACUACUCAUGUCUAUAGGCGACGGUUACCACUUUCCAUCAGGUGGACCGUCAGCUUGUUUGCCAUUCUAAGUUGUAUAAAACAAGUUGUAUAAAACACAUUAGACGGGGAUUUUUUGACAUUUCAUACAAGGCAAUGAGUGUAAUAUACAAGUAAACUUUCCUAUUAGUAACAUCACUAGUUGAGAUUGACUUUGUCUACGAGCAUAGUAUACUUUUAUUUCCAAUAGUGUUUAUAUUUACUAACAUAUCAAUGAUAUGAUAUAUUUCUUGUAUUUACAAAACAAGGUUGUUUUAUUUGUGUUAUUGUUUUCAUUUAUUAUUUUAAUUCAUGUAAUGAAAUUAUUGUGACUGGAAUGUUAAAUAUUAACAAUUUUAUUUUAUUUAUCUAACAAUAAGUAUAAUUUCAUUAGAAUGACCAAUAACGCAAUGGUAAUGGUGGUUGGUAUGAACACAAAGGCUAUUCGCGUUCUUAUCAAUUUCAUGGUACUAUUACGUUUGCGUUUCACGUUCGGCGAAACUAGUGUUAUCAUUUUCUCUUAAAAUGUAAUAAAUGUUAUAUAACUUAAUAAAUUGAUAUCUCACUUAUAUUUUCGAGGUUAACACGAAAGGCGAAAUUUGUACAGUAUUUAGAAUAUUUAGAAUUUUUUAUCGAAACAUAUGGUGUUCUAUUGUUUCUGCCUACCCCAAACUAGAGACAGAUAUGUAUAGAUUUUUAGACAGGCGACUCUUUAGAGACUAAUCGGCUAAUUACAAAUAGAUCUAUUGCCAUUUUCGUGCUGAAUGCUCUAAAGCUUAGGCUAUAUUUUGUUUUAAAAUAGUUUUAAAUUGAACAAUUUAUAAAGUGUAUACAGUAUUUUAUGUCAGAAUUAUCUUAAAUGUAUAUGUGUGUAUCUUUUUAUAAUUAUACAAUUUUGGUAUUCCAACACAUAAAUAUGAUGUGAUUAUGAAAAGACAUUUAAUUUAAGUUUCUCAUUGUGCCAUUUAUUUUUAUUGUAUAAUGGUUAAUGUUUUAAAUCAUGUGUAAUUGAUAUUACUGAUAAAUUAAUGCAUUAUUGAAAAAUAAAUAUUAUUUCA